GCGGUGGUAGCAGCUUCUCGUCCUCUAGUCACCCUCCUCUUCCCCUACCCCCAGCCUCUGGAGGUAACCGAGCACAGGAUUCGAACUUGCCACCCGGACUCACCGCAGCGAACAGGAGAUUACAGCUCUCUAUCCCCGGGACCAGGCAGCGGCGCUACCAUGAGGGGCUGCGAGAUCUCCCUGGUCCUCUUGGCCCUGGUCCUCUGCGAAGCGCCCUGGGGGACCGCGGCUCCCUUGGCGUCAGUUGGCUUGGAGAACCUGAUGGCCAAGAUAUACCCGAGGGGGAACCACUGGGCUGUAGGGCACUUAAUGGGAAAAAAGAGCACUGGAGAUUUCCCAUAUGCUUAUGAAGGAGGAGACAAGAUACCUGUGGUACCUGACAGUUCCGAGCGGCUAAGUGAAUACCUGCAAUGGGAAGAAGCAGAGAAGAAUUUACUGCCCCUGUUAGAAGGGAAAGGUAGUAGAAGCAGUCAGCUACUUCGGCAUGGUCUCCUGGGCUACCGUCAGCCUACCGGGGAGUUAGACAGUGAUGACCACACUAAAGAUAUAAGGAAACCGAGGCCCAUGGAGGUCAUGGCUUCUCUUAAGAGCACACAAGGAGUAAGUUGCAGAUGCUGGAAUCCUUACUUCAGGUUCUUGACAUGAAGGAAAGCAUCCUGAGCUGAACUGGAGAUGGCCUCUUUCAAAGAAACAAUAUCCUUAAGCAACUGUGGUCUACCUACACUGAUUAUUUCAGAUGACAAUGUUGUUUGCUUUGUGUAAAAAAGAUUGCUUUUGAGCACAUCAUGUCGCUGUUCUUGUAUCAUUCCACCUUGACUAAAUCCAAGUUUUUUGAGCAGUAUUUUGUUUGAACUGCUUUGCUGCCAAUAAUUGUUGAGGAAGGAUCUUCAGAUCUUUAUAUUUUCCCAACCCAUUCAGUCUAUUUGUCUUUUAGUUUUG